AUGAUUUUGAUUUUUACUAUUUCUCUUACACUUGCUUCACUGGACUGCUUCAAGUUUAAGAGUGGACAGAAGGAACGCUUUGAUGUUUUUCCUAUUCUAACUACUCCGAUCAGAUUAGUUGGCUCAAAUCAGUGUUCCGGAAGAGUUGAAAUCUAUUCUGGGCUCAGCUGGGGAACCGUCUGUGAUGACAACUGGGACAUGCAGGAUGCUGAAGUGGUCUGCAGACAGUUGAAUUGUGGGUCGGCACUAAGAGCCACACCAGAAGCCAGCUUUGGUCAAGGAAGAGGUGAGAUCUGGCUUGAUGAUGUCGGCUGUACAGGAAGUGAAAAUUCUCUGGAUGAGUGCUCACACGCUGGAUUUGGGGAACACAACUGUAACCAUGGUGAAGAUGCUGGUGUCAUUUGUGCAGAUGGUCAGAUCAGAUUAGCUGGCGGAUCUAAUCGCUGCUCUGGAAGAGUCGAAGUCUACAAUAACAACAUUUGGGGAACCGUCUGUGAUGAUUUGUGGGAUAUGCAGGAUGCUGAAGUAGUUUGCCGACAGUUGCAUUGUGGGUCGCCACAGAGAGCCACAAUAGGUGCCAGCUUCGGUGAAGGAAGUGAUCAGAUCUGGCUUGAUGAUGUUGACUGUAGAGGAAGUGAAAGUUCUCUCGCUGAGUGCAGACAUCGAGGAUUUGGGGAACACAACUGUGGACACAGAGAAGAUGCUGGUGUAGUCUGUUCGGAUGUUCAGAUCAGAUUAGCUGGCGGCUCAAAUCGCUGUUCUGGAAGAGUUGAAGUCUAUAAUAAUAACUCGUGGGGAACCAUCUGUGAUGACGGCUGGGACAUACAGGAUGCUGAAGUGAUUUGUCGACAACUGAGUUGUGGGACGGCACAGAAUGCAAAAACAGGGGCCAGCUUUGGUCAAGGAAGUGGUCCGAUCUGGCUUGAUGAUGUUAGCUGCACAGGAAGUGAAAAUUCUCUGGCUGAUUGCAGCCACAGAAAAUUUGGGGAACACAACUGUAACCACGGUGAAGAUGCUGGUGUUAUCUGUUCAGAUCUCCAGAUCAGAUUAGCUGGUGGCUCAAAUCACUGCUCUGGAAGAGUUGAAAUCUAUUAUGGCACCUCCUGGGGAACAGUCUGUGAUGACAACUGGGACAUACAGGAUGCUGAAGUAGUUUGCCAACAGGUGCGUUGUGGAUCGGCACAGAGAGCCACUACUCAAGCCACCUUUGGUCAAGGAAGUGGUCACAUCUGGCUUGAUGAUGUCGGCUGUACUGGAAGUGAAAAUUCUCUGGCUGAGUGUCAACACAAGGGACUGAUGCAGAACAACUGUGACCACAGUGAAGAUGCUGGUGUCAUCUGUUCAGAUGUCCAGAUCAGAUUAGUUGGCUCUGAUCGUUGCGCUGGAAGAGUUGAGGUCUAUAAUAAUAACACCUGGGGAACGGUCUGUGAUGAUGACUGGGACAUACAGGAUGCUGAAGUGGUUUGCAGACAGGUGAAUUGUGGGAUGGCAAAGAAUGCGAUUACUCGAGCCAGAUUUGGUCAAGGAAGCAGUCAGAUCUGGCUUGAUAAUGUCGGCUGUACAGGAAGUGAAAAUUCUCUGGUUGAGUGCUCACACAGAGGAUUCGGACAGCAUAACUGUAACCAUGGUGAAGACGCUGGUGCUGUUUGUUCAAUGAGUCUUCCAAAGCCAAGAAUCAGCAUGAACCCUGUCGGUAACAUUACCUGGGGCAACAAUGUUGGGAUCUCAUGUUUGAUAUCAACAUCACAUUUAGGUGGAACAUUUACUCUGAUAAAGACUUCAGGGUCAUUGAGAAAGACCCAAACGUCAAGUUCAAAUUCUACAACCUUCACCAUUCUCAGUGUGAACUUUAGCCAUGAGGGAUUCUACCAGUGCCAAUAUGAGACCACCAUUUCAAAUCAACAGAUCAGUUCCCCUCUGAGUGAUUCUGUCAGGAUCUCCGUUACAGUGAGUCUUCCAAAGCCGAGCAUCAGCAUGAACCCUGUUGGCAACGUUACCUGGGGCAACAAUGUUGGGAUCUCAUGUUCAAUAUCAACGCCACAUUUAGGUGGAACAUUUAUUCUGGUAAAGACAGCAGGCUCUGUGAGAAAGACCCAAACAUCAAGUUCAAAUUCUGCAACCUUCACCAUCCCCAGUGUGGAUUUUACUCACGAGGGACUCUACCAGUGUCAGUAUGAGACUACUGUUUCAAAUCAACAGAUUAGUUCCCCUUUAAGUGAAUCCAUCAUAAUCUCUGUUACAGUGAGGCUUCCAAAGCCGCGCAUCAGCAUGAACCCUGUCGGCGUCGUGACCUGGGGCAACAAUGUUGACAUCUCCUGUAUAAUCUCAACACAGCAUUUAGGUGGAACAUUUAUUCUGAUGAAUACUGCUGGGUCAAUCAGAAAGACCCAAACAUCAAGUUCAAACUCUGCACACUUCACCAUCUUCAAAGUGACCUUUGACAAUGAGGGACUCUACCACUGUCAGUAUGAGACCAGGGUUUCAAAUCGUAAUAUUAGUUCUCCUCCAAGUGAAUCUGUCAGAAUCUCUGUUGCAGUGAGUCUUCCAAAGCCAAGCAUCAGCAUGAAUCCUGUUGGUGUCGUUACCUGGGGCAACAAUGUUGGGAUCUCAUGUACCAUAUCAACACUGCAUUUAGGUGGAACAUUUAUUCUGAUGAAUACUGCAGGGUCAAUGAGAAAAACCCAAACAUCAAGUUCAAACUCUGCACACUUCACCAUCUUCAAAGUGACCUUUGACAAUGAGGGACUCUACCACUGUCAGUAUGGGACCAGGGUUUCAAAUCGUAAUAUUAGUUCUCCUCCAAGUGAAUCUGUCAGAAUCUCUGUUGCAGUGAGUCUUCCAAAGCCGAGCAUCAGCAUGAACCCUGUUGGCGUUGUUACCUGGGGUGACAAUGUUGGCAUCUUGUGUUCGAUCUCAACACCACAUUUAGGUGGAACAUUUAUUCUGCUAAAUACUGCAGGGUCAAUGAGAAAGACUCAAACAUCAAGUUCAAAUUCUGCAAACUUCACCAUCCUGAAAGUCCACUUUGACAAUGAGGGACACUACCAGUGUCAGUAUGACACCAGAGUUUCAAAUCGAAAUAUUAGUUCCCCUUUAAGUGAGACUGUAAGAAUCUCUGUUGCAGUGAGACUUCCAAAGCCGAGCAUCAGCAUCAACCCUGUUGGUGAUGUUAUGUGGGGCAACAAUGUCAGAAUCUCGUGUUCAGUCUCAACUCAGCAUUUGGGUGGAACAUUUAUUCUGAUGAAUACUGCCGGGUCAAUGAGAAAGACCCAAACAUCAAGUUCAAAUUCUGCAGACUUCACCAUCCUCAAAGUGACCUUUGAGAAUGAGGGACUCUACCAGUGUCAGUAUGGGACCAGGGUCUCAAAUCGCAAUAUCAGUUCUCCUCUCAGUGAGUUUGUCAGAAUUUCUGUUGCAGCAAUCCUUCCAAAGCCGAGCAUCAGCAUGAAUCCUGUUGGUGUUGUUACCUGGGGUGGCGAUGUUGGCAUCCUGUGUUCGAUCUCAACUGAGCAUUUAGGUGGAACAUUUAUUCUGAUGAAUACUGUAAAGUCGAUCAGAAAGACCCAAAGAUCAAGUUCAAAUUCUGCAAACUUCACCAUUCUCAAAGUGAACUUUGAUAAUGAGGGACUCUACCAGUGUCGUUAUGAGACCAGGGUUUCAAAUCGAAACAUUAUUUCUCCUCAAAGUGAGUCUGUCAGAAUCGCUGUUGCAGUGAGUCUUCCAAAGCCAAGCAUCAGCAUGAGCCCUGUCGGCGACGUUACCUGGGGCAACAAUGUUGGGAUGUCAUGUUCUAUAUCAACAUCACAUUUAGGUGGAACAUUUAUUCUGGUAAAGACAGCAGGGUCUGUGAGAAAGACCCAAACAUCAAGUUCAAAUUCUAUAACCUUCACCAUCCCCAGUGUGGACUUUACUCAUGAGGGACUCUACCAGUGCCAAUAUGAGACCACUGUUUCAAAUCAACAGAUUAGUUCCCCUUUAAGUGACUCUAUCAGAAUCUCUGUUACAGUGAGUCUUCCAAAGCCGAGCAUCAGCAUGGACCCUGUUGGCGUUGUUACCUGGGGCAACAAUAUUGGCAUCUUGUGUUCGAUCUCAACACCACAUUUGGGUGGAACAUUUAUUCUGAUAAAUACUGCAGGGUCAAUGAGAAAGACCCAAACAUCGAGUUCAAAUUCUGCAAGCUUCACCAUCCUUAAAGUGGCCUUUGACAAUGAGGGACUCUACCAGUGUCAAUAUGAGACCAGAGUUUCAAAUCGAAACAUUAGUUCUCCUCUCAGUGAGUCUGUCAGAAUUUCUGUUGUAGUGAAUCUUCCAAAGCCGAGGAUCAGCGUCAACCCUGUCGGUGACGUUACCUGGGGCGAUAAUGUUGGAAUCUCAUGUUCAAUAUCAACAAAACAUUUACGUGGAACAUUUAUUCUGAAACAGACAACAGGGUCAAUGACAAUGAACCAAACAUCAAGUUCAAACUCUGCAAAAUUUACCAUCCUCAGUGUGGACUUUGAUCAUGAGGGACUCUACCAGUGUUGUUAUGAGACCAGGAUUUCAAAUCGAAAUGUUCAGUCCCCUUUAAGUGAAUCUGUCACAAUCUCUGUUGCAGUGAGUCUUCCAAAGCCGAGCAUCAGCAUGAAUCCUGUUGGUGUCAUUACCUGGGGCAACAAUGUUGGGAUCUCAUGUACCAUAUCAACACUGCAUUUAGGUGGAACAUUUAUUCUGAUGAAUACUGCCGGGUCAAUGAGAAAGACCCAAACAUCACAUUCAAAUUCUGCAAACUUCACCAUCUUCAAAGUGACCUUUGAGAAUGAGGGACUCUACCAGUGUCAAUAUGAGAUCACCGUUUCAAAUCAAAACAUUUGUUCCCCUCUAAGUGAGUUUGUCAGAAUAUCUGUUGCAGCAAUCCUUCCAAAGCCAAGAAUCAGCAUGAACCCUAUUGGUGUCAUUGCAUGGGGAAACAAUGUUGACAUCUCUUGUACAAUCUCAACACACCAUUUCGGUGGAACAUUUAUUCUGACAAAGACUGAGGGGUCAAUGAGGAGGACACAAAAAUCAAGUUCAAACUCUGCAAACUUCACCCUUCUCAAAGUGAACUUUGAUAAUGAGGGACUCUACCAGUGUUGUUAUGAGACCAGGAUUUCAAAUCGAAACAUAAUUUCUCCUCAAAGUGAGUCUGUCAGAAUCUCUGUUGCAGUGAGUCUACCAAAGCCGAUCAUCAGCAUGAACCCAACUGGCAUUAUUACCUGGGGUGACGAUGUUGGCAUCUUGUGUUCAAUCUCAACUGAGCAUUUAGGUGGAACAUUUAUUCUGAUGAAUACUGCAGGGUCAAUGAGAAAGACCCAAACAUCAAGUUCAGAUUCUGCAAAUUUCACCAUCAUCAACGUGGCCUUUGACAAUGAGGGACUCUAUCAUUGUCAAUAUAAGACCGUGGUUUCAAAUCGAAACGUUACUUCUCCUGUAAGUGAGCCUGUCAGAAUCUCUAUCACAGUGAGGCUUCCAAAGCCGAGCAUCAGCAUGAACCCCGGUGGUGCUGUUACCUGGGGCGACAAUGUUGUCAUCUCAUGUUCAGUCUCAACGCAGCAUUUAGGUGGAACAUUUAUUCUGACGAAUACUGCAGGGUCAAUGAGAAAGACCCAAACAUCAAGUUCAAAUUCUGCAAACUUCACUAUCUUCAAAGUGACCUUGGAUAAUGAGGGACUCUACCAGUGUCAAUAUGAGACCAGGGUUUCAGAUCGUAUCAUUAGUUCUCCUCAAAGUGAGUCUGUCAGAAUCUCUGUUGCAGUGAGUCUUCCAAAGCCGAGCAUCACCAUGACCCCCGGUGGCACUGUUACCUGGGGCAACAAUGUUGGCAUCUCAUGUUCAGUCUCAACGCAGCAUUUAGGUGGAACAUUUAUUCUGAUGAAUACUGCAGGGUCGAUAAGAAAGACCCUAAUAUCAAGUUCAAAUUCUGCAAACUUUACCAUCCACAAAGUGACCUUUGAUCAUGAGGGACUCUACCAGUGUCAGUAUGAGACCAGGGUUUCAAAUCAAAACAUUAGUUCUCCUCCAAGUGACUUUGUCAGAAUCUCUCUUGCAGUGUCUUUGGUGCCACUGAUUUCCUCAGUAACUGCAUCCCUGGGGCUCAUUUCCGUGCUGGUGUUCGUGGUAGUCUGUCUGAUCUGCAAGAGAAAACAACGAAAUGAGCCUGACCUCCAACUCCAAUCUCUAUGUGAGGUGGAAAAGAAAGAGGUCUCCAUGAAUGCUGACCCUGUGGGUACCCAGAAGAAGCAGAGCAAGUUAAAUAAAGGUAAUGAUUAUAUGGAAGAAGACAGUGAGAGCAAAGGUACAAUGAUCAUUUCACUGCAAGCAAAGUACAAAACGAAGACAGCAACAAUGAUGACGGCUAUGUAGACACAUCCCAACCACCUACUGAAUACUUUGUGGAGAUUUAU